AUGGCUAAAUAUUUUAUAACAUUUGUCCUAUUGGCUCUCCUGGCCAUGGAAAACAAUAACAUUUACAAUCGCCUCCAUGCCAAAUCACAGCCGAGUGGUGACACCAAUGCUGUGACACAUUUUAUGCGUCAACAUCAUCAGUAUCAACAUCAUGGUCAGGUGGCAAAUAAUCAUCAUCCCACCCAUGAUCAACAUCAUACACAUCAUGCUCGGAAACAUGUCAAGCAACAUCAGCGACACAAUAUCGACAGCAAUGAAGAGGAAGACAGCGCAAGACGUUAUGCGCAACGUUACAAGCGGCACAUGGAACUGCAGGUGGAACAUCGACGACAAAUUGAGAGUCGCCUGCAUCAUCGCCCUGUAUUCCGUGAGAAUGCACCGAAAAAUAUACCACGUCUGUGGCAACAUUUGUACAUGGUCUACGAUGAUUACUACGAGAGUAGUGAGGAGCGUAUGUUUGGCGAUGCGCCAAAUAAAAAUAGUCUAGAAUAUGAAGAGCCUGAGAUGCCAGUAUAUGUUGAGGAUAAAGAAGAAGAUGAUAAUAGCGAUAGCGAUGAGGAUGAGAAGCCAAAGAAAAGUACAAACAUUGACAGUAGUAGUAAAUCUGUGGAUAUACGCUGUCCAAAAUGUGAAAAUAGCCAUAAGGACGAAGAUGAGGAGGAGGAGUUGGUCAGCGAAGAAGAGCUAACACGCUUGCGUAUUGAAUAUGUGAAACAACAAAUUCUAGAUAAAUUAAGACUUAAAGAGAGGCCACAUGUUCCGGCGGUGAAUUUGCCCAAACCCAUUCUAGAGGGUACAACCAUACAACAGGAAGAAGAGGAUACAUCGACGAAAAAGGACUUGGAUGAUUAUUAUGCACGUACCAGUAAAAAAGUCAUAUUCUUAGAUGUUGAACAAGAAUUGUGUGGUAAAUUGGGUUCCGAUCCAUCCAUGUGCUUUUCAUUUAAAUUAGAUGACAGUGAUGCAGAUAGCUACGAUGUUAGCACUGCUGUUCUGUGGUUGUUUAAGACAAGACAUCCACUUAGCAGCAGCAGCAUUAGCGGUCGCAAUCAAACAUCUGGUAAUCCGCAGAGAAUUGUCGUAUCCGAAGUACAACAAGAAACCACCUCGAAUCGUAAACCAUCGGUUAAAACAAUAGCCGUUCAAUCCAUCGAUGUUCAAGAUGAAUGGAUGAAAAUCGACAUAGAAUGGCCCAUAAAACGUUGGUAUGGCAAACAUGAUCUCAGCCAUUUAAUACAAAUCACCUGCCAAUCAUGUGAUAUGGCCGCCAUGGAACACAUCAUUUCAACGGAUAUGGAUUAUCGGCCCUUUAUCAUUGUCAAUACACAGAGUCGGCGGCGACAGACGCGCCAAAAGCGUACAAUUAAUUGUACACAUGGUGUAACAGAAUGCUGUCGCGAAAAGUUGUACAUAUCAUUUGAAGAUAUCGGUUGGAGUGAUUGGAUUAUUGAACCCAAAGGCUAUGACGCCUAUUUUUGUCGAGGCUCCUGUAAUCGUGUGGCCAGUGUAGCGAAUUCCGCUUCGCCGCAUAGUUCAUUUGUACAGAAACUACUUAACAAACCUGGCCGUAGAAAUAGGAAUCUUGAAUUGGUUCCAUGUUGUACAGCCAAAACAUAUUCUUCGCUACAAUUACUGUAUUUGGAAAAUAAUUCCACUGGCACGGUGAAAACAUUUCCCAAUAUGAUUGUUGAAUCCUGUGGUUGCAGAUAGUAAUAGCAUGACA